AUGUUAUCACGACUCUAUGUACCUUGUUCAUCAUUAAAUCCCGAAGAUAUAAAAAGUCUUGUUCAGUUAUGUUUAUCGCAAGAAAAAUAUCGUGUUGAUAUGCAUGGAGGUCGUAAAGCAGCACUUAAAUAUUUAGUAAACUUUCAAUCAACUGAAUUGAAUUUAUCAUCUUAUAUCGAUUUAAAAAUAUUAGAAAGAUUAAAAGAUGAAAUUAAUCAGUUAAAAAAUAUUGAUCUUUAUAAAAAAGAAUUUGAUGAAAAUCAAGAUGAUACAUUUGAACCGUACUGGGAAUUAAAAAAUCAGUCACGUAAAAUUCAUCAAAUAGCUAAAGCUAAUCGAAAAUUUACACAAGUUUGUUUUCCACCUGAGCAAUUAAAAGUAUAUUUUAAUCCAGCACAAAUAGCUAAUAUACCUUAUUCACACGGAACUUAUGAAUCAUGUGGUUUUGUUGAUAGUGAUGCGAGAGAUAAUAUGAUUAAAUAUCCUAUUAUUGAACGUCAUAAUAAAGGUCAAAUAAAUACAAUACAAGGAAGAAUUCAACAAGUUAUUUUUAGUAUUCCACCUGAAAAACAAAUUAUUAUUUUAGAUUUUGCUGAUGAAAGAAUGCCUGGCGGGCUUUUUCUUUAUGGAGCUACAACACAAGAAGAAACAAUUUGUUAUAAUUCCAAUGCAUAUCGCGCUUUACUUGAUUUUAAAUAUGAACGAUUUGAUGGAGGUUUCAUGAUUCCAGAAUUUGGUUGUUUAUAUAUAAAACGUGCUCAAUUUUUUAAACCAAAUCAACCAAAUGAGUAUCGAUAUGUUGAUAUUAUUGCUGCUGCUUGUUAUGAUUUAACUGGAGAACAUGGUUUACAUAAGAGACCAAAUUCUCCUCAAGAUAUUGAAAAGAACACUGAAAAAAAAUUAGAAACUAUAAUUGCUGCUGCACAAGCAAAUAGUGACGAUAAUGGAAAAAAUACUUAUCUUAUUUUAGGUCCUAUUGGAUGUGGAGCUUUUCAAAAUAAAAUACAAACUAUUGCAAAAUUAUGGGCUAAAGUUUUAUUAAAACCAUUAAAUACUAAUUUAGGUACUGAACAAUAUCAUGUUUUUGAACAAAUUUGGUUUCUUAGUGGUACAGACGAGAAAUUAAAAGUUUUUGAAGAUGCUUUUCAUCUUGAUUCUCAACAAAGAUUAAAAUAA